GCUUUCAGGUUUGGCUCUUUGGAGCUGCUGCUUCUGUUUGUGGAAGGCUUCUUGGGGAUGGACUCCUACACGAUUCAGAUGAGCGGCGAUGGCAACCCGCCCCCAGUCCUGGAUGUACAUGUCAACAUCGGGGGGAGAAGCUCGGUGCCAGGAAAAAUGAAAGGCAGGAAGCCCAGGUGGUCCGUGAAGCCCUCUGACAUGGCCAAUGAGACUUUCAACCCCAUUCGGGCCAUCGUGGACAACAUGAAGGUCAAGCCGAAUCCAAACAAAGCCAUGAUUUCUCUGUCCAUCGGAGACCCUACUGUGUUUGGAAAUCUGCCUACCGACCCUGAAGUUACCCAAGCAAUGAAAGAUGCCCUGGACUCAGGGAAAUAUAACGGCUAUGCCCCGUCCAUUGGCUACCUGUCCAGCCGGGAGGAGAUUGCUUCCUACUACCACUGUCCUGAGGCGCCACUGGAAGCUAAGGAUGUUAUUCUGACAAGUGGAUGUAGUCAGGCUAUUGAACUUUGUCUAGCUGUGUUGGCCAACCCUGGACAAAACAUCCUUGUUCCCAGACCUGGGUUUUCUCUCUACAAGACUUUGGCUGAAUCUAUGGGAAUUGAGGUCAAACUCUACAAUCUAUUGCCUGAGCAGUCUUGGGAAAUUGAUCUGAAACAACUGGAAUCUCUGAUUGAUGAAAAGACAGCUUGCCUCAUUGUCAACAACCCAUCCAACCCCUGUGGGUCGGUGUUCAGGAAGAGUCACCUUCAGAAGAUCCUGGAGGUGGCUGCAAGACAGUGUGUCCCCAUCUUGGCCGAUGAGAUCUAUGGAGACAUGGUGUUUUCGGAUUGCAAAUAUGAGCCACUGGCCACGCUCAGCACCAACGUCCCCAUCCUGUCCUGUGGCGGGCUGGCCAAGCGCUGGCUGGUUCCUGGCUGGAGGCUCGGCUGGAUCCUCAUCCAUGACCGAAGAGAUAUUUUUGGCAAUGAGAUCCGAGAUGGGCUGGUGAAACUGAGUCAGCGGAUCUUGGGUCCCUGUACCAUCGUCCAGGGAGCGCUGAAAAGCAUCCUUCGUCGAACCCCUCAAGAGUUCUACCACAACACCCUAAGUUUCCUCAAGUCCAAUGCAGACCUGUGCUAUGCGGCAUUGGCGGCCAUCCCUGGACUCCAGCCAGUCCGCCCAUCGGGGGCCAUGUACCUCAUGGUUGGCAUUGAGAUGGACCAUUUCCCAGAAUUUGAGAACGACGUGGAGUUCACAGAGCAGUUGGUGGCUGAGCAAUCUGUCCAUUGCCUACCAGCAACGUGCUUCGAGUAUCCGAAUUUCUUCCGGGUGGUCAUCACUGUCCCGGAAGUGAUGAUCCUGGAGGCCUGCAGCCGGAUCCAGGAGUUCUGUGAGCAGCAUUAUCACGGUGCUGAAGGGAGCCAGGAGGAGUGUGACAAGUAGGCCCUUGUCUACUUCCCACCCCUGUCACAUCCAAGGAUGACUGGACUGAACUCUGCUGCUCCUCAGGAAGGCUGAAGCCUUUCCUAGGAGAGGGCUUCAACAUGCACCACAUGGAAGGUUCCUUAUUGUUCUUGCUUUUCCCAGUCAAGUGCCCACCCAUUCUCUGAACUUGUGAUUCUGCCCUCUCUCCAUUCAUUCAUGUGUCCCUUUCCUAUGACUUCCUCCUUUUAUUAUUAUUAUUUUUUCUUUUCUCCUGAGAGUACCAGGUAGGGAAAAAGUUUACUAGAAAGCAAUUAAGACAAGAAAGAUAAGAGUUCAGGAUGGGAGGAACCAAAAAUAGGGGAGGAAUUGUGUGUGUCCCCGGCCAUUUCUUUAGUGCUCUAAGUAAUAACAUUCUCUCCAGUCAGGUCUGCAGUUCAACUCUUGUUACGGCCUCAUUGCAUGUAGAUCUCACUUUUUUGCAAGAGAGCAAACUGGAAGGAAACUGAAGACCCUUGUAUUUGGUUAAUUAUAUUCUAAACAUUUUGGGAAACAAAUUCUAUUUUAAGGAUCAUGAACAGAGACAUUUGUAAACCUUUCUUUGGGGGUAAAGAAUUAUUUUGUGACACAAAUAAAUGUUCUUGAAUUGAUCAACUUCCUAAGUUUAGACUUGUAUAUGUUAGGCUUUCUUAAAAUAAAAGCACAUCUCAUUUUUAAGAGAAAGGAGGAAUGCAGAGAACCUUCCAUAAGUAUUGCUGUGUAAAGGCCAGAAAUAUCUUCAAUUGUCAUGGUAAUAGAAUCAUUAUUACUUUUGCUGCAGUGUCAUAUUGAUUUAUUAAUAUUUGUUGUGUUAUCUUUUUCAUAGUUUUCUAAGAAACAUUUAU